AUGUCUAAAAGAGAAGGCGGAGAUAACGCACCUAGACAACGUAAAUACCGCAAAGACGGCACACAGGUUCAAUUCAAAUCGUUCAGUCCACCAGAAGGUCCUGCAAUCUUUGUUACUUGUGUUCGUGGAAAGGAAAAGCAGGCGACACACGAUAUUUUGGAUAUACUCAAUGAAAUAUGUGAUAGAUAUUUCCCGGAUGUGAAUGUACAGCAGAGGAAUAAGGUGGAAAUUGAAGGCAGCGACAAUAGACAAGAAGAUAAAAAAGAAGACGACAAAGUAGACGUUGAUAAGGACACAACGGACAAGAAAGAAGAUUCCGACAUAAAAUCUCAAUUAGCCGCAGAAUUAGAUGAAAUCAAUAAAACUCAAACCCCUUUCAAGAAACCACAAAAGAGCUCAACAGAUCUGAAGCGAUUUGUUAAUCACCCUACAGAUACUCAAUGUAUGAUUUACCUUGAAGUACGCAGACCAUUCAACCCAAUAGCCAUCGUAGAGAGGUACUUGGAAGAGGUGGAACAGACAGGCAAGAUGAGGACAAAAUACAUCCAACGCUUAACACCCGUUUCACACGUCGCACAUGCCUCAGAAAAUGCUUUUGAAGCACUCUGUGGCUUUACUUUUCAGAAUUACUUGGAUGCCUCAACUGCAGAUGGUAUUGGUGGUAAUUACCGCAUCGAAUUGCGCACCCGCUCUCAUAACACCCUCAAGCGCGAUUUCAUCAUUCAGAAGAUAGUCGACUCCAUCUCCCCACCACAUCGAAUUGACCUCAGCAAUCCUGAUCGCUGGUGUAUUGUUGAAGUCUUUAAGAGUGUCGUUGGCGUUUCUGUCGUUUCUAGCUAUGCCAAGUUUAGAAAAUUCAACCCUUUUUCUCUAGUCGAGGCAAAGAAUAAGGAGAGGGCUGGAGGUAAUAGUGGUGUCGAACAGAGUAAAGUGGAGCAAGAUAAAGAAGAUAAGGUGGAGCAAAAGAAGGAAGACAAAGUAGAGCAAGAUAGGGACGAUAAGAAAGAAAAGUUGGAGAGUGAAAAAGUGGAUAAAACCCCCACAACACAUUCCACACCCACAUUAUAA